AUGGCAUCCAUGCCUCGAGAAUUUGAGACGCAGCUCACCACUGAAUGCAACCUCAAUGAGACCGGAUCUGACAUGACUGAUUCUCCUGAGACACCAGCCUUUUCCGACCACAUUCCAUUCACCUUUGGCCAAAGCCGGGGUACCAGCGACGUCGAAGACACGACAGAAGGUAGCGCUGAUGAUGAAGAAGCUGAGAUUGACAUCUUCAAGGGCAACUCACUUUUUGGCGGCGGCGAGACGGAGGAGAAGCUCCCUGACCCGGCUCCGUUCGGCGCAGCAGACGCUUCACCCACGCUCGCGUAUGACCCGGUACUGGACCCGCGCCUCGGCACGCAGAUUCCCUCGUCCCCGUCACCGUACGACUACUACGGCUCGGCCGAAGACAAUGAGAAAGAUGAAGGCCACGGAGGUGCGCACAGCCGCAGCGAGACACCGGAAGACUUCGGGCGCGGGUACGCCAAGUACGAGUUCCGGGACCGGGACAGAGCGGUCACCACGACGCACUUGGACUGGGACAACUCGGGAAACUACGACCCUGCGGACGAAGGACGGAGAACGAAGAGGGUAGAAGGCGCCGAAGGACUGAGCGGCAACAGGAAGCGCAGGUCGGGCGGCCAGGCGGGGCCUCAGGACGAACACCAGCUCGAUGAGGUAGGCGAGCCGCGGCAGAAGAAGCAGAAGGCGUAUUCUUCGGCGUAUGCGCGCUUCAUCGGUGCGUCGUACGUCUUCACCGUCAGCCUGAAAUCGGAGGCUGGGAGGGCGUUGGCGGCCAAGUACCAGGGCGAGGACAACUGGCCAGAAGACGAGUACAACUUCGUGUCGGAUGAGUAUAUCGCGCAGAACUUGGUGGCAUCUGACGGCGAGGAUGGUGGGGAAGGAGAUGGACGCAGGAAGCUUCUCCGUCCGCGCAAACGACAUGUCCGCUACCAUUCGCCCGGCUCUGACCACGACCUUCUCCCGCCCAUUGCCGACCCGCUUGGCAUAGAAGACGACCUGCGCUACCAUCCAGCUGCCCGUGGGUGUGCCGAGUGCAGGAUAGACGGGAAAUUGUGCUCUCUCCGCCGGUCCGACGCAACAUGGCCGUGCCUCGCGUGCCAGGAGAAGCAUACCGGUGAAGAUGUCGUCCCGUGCGAGCUCAUCAUCCUGCCGACCAAGAAGACGGCAUGCGAAGCCUGCCAUGAAGCAGACAAGUACUGCUCCUACAACGACGCUUCGGCGGAUGUGGGCAUCGCGUGUCGGCAGUGCGAGGAGCAGAACCUGCUAUGCAUCGCCGGCCCGGACCUGGAGAGCCUGCCCAAGCGCGCCACCUACACGCCACCUCCGGGCCUGGCGUACACCCCGUACCGGCCCUUUGUUGCGUGCACCGCCUGCCGCCAGGUCAAGCGGUCGUGCUCGCUGAAGAGCAAGCAGGACACCCCGCCGUGCCGCGCCUGCGAAAAGGCCGGCAUCCCGUGCACUUUCGAGAAGCUGGUCGCCACCAACGCCGGAAAGCAGAAGGCCGCGCCAAAUACCGCCGCCGCUGUCGCCCGCCUCGAAGAGAACGACAGGCCGGCAGCCUCUGAUGGCCCGGUGCGCACACCUGGCGGCAGUGUUGUCUCCCCAGGCAUACCGGCGCCCGCUUCCAACUCUUUCGGCCUCCCGCUCCGCACCACGUCGACGGGCGGCUCCAUCGGCAGCCUGACCCAAAUAUUCAGCUCCAGCUCUUCUCGCCGCUCCGUCACCCACCCAGCCAGGUCGAACCCCGUCGCCGGACUCACCACCAUCGUCCCUCCGUCGAAGAUGAGGCACUACACCACCACAACCACCCCACUCUCCCGCCGCCACACAACCAGCACCGGCAUCACCACCUUCCGCAGCGGCUCGCGCACCCUCACCGACGCAGGCUCCGCCCGCCACCGGGCGCCGCAGCAGCAGCAGCAGCAGCAAACGACACCCGGAUCCAUCGCCCGCGACAUCGGCUACGUCCAGCACCGCCAGAAAAACCACAUCCACCGCAAAACCGACACCCUCACGCACCUCAACCCCACCCCGACCCCGCACCACCACCACGCGCGCAACAGCAACAGCAGCGCCAGCACCACCACCACCGACUCCGCCCCCUACCACCCCCCCGCCGCCGCCGACAUCCCCGCCUCCUACCACCUCCUCCCACCCCCGGGCUGCCACCCCACCGCCGACCUCAUGCUCGACGCCCACGGCCGCAAGGGGUGGUACCGCGAGAUGGUCACCGCGCUCGCGCACCCGAUGGCGUUCGAGACGGACGACGACAACACGAACGCCAACACCACCACCAACAAGAAUCGCGGUACCGCGCCAGCCAGACGCUCUGCCGCACACUGCCCCUUCUGCGCGACGCCGUGGCUCGGCAUCGCGGGGCUGGCGUGGAAGAAGGCGGCGGUGCUGGCGUGGCGCGACGGCCGCGGCUUCACGGAGAUCGCGGGGGGGCAUGCGUCGUCGGCGUCGUUGGCGGCGUCGGCGGCGAUUACGACGACGACGACGACGUACCGGGAGUAUGGCCGCUACUCUGGUGGUGGUGGUGGUCGUGGCGAGGUUGGCGCGGAGGCGGAUGUGGACGCGAUGCGGCGCAUGUGUCGGGCUUGCGUUGCGGAAAGGCUGGAUGUCUUGGGGUGCGCGGGGCAUGAGAUGGAGAGCUUGGUGGCGGCUGAUUUGGGGUCUGGUGCUGGGGGUUUUGGUGGGGGUGGCGUGGCGAGGGAUGCGUGGGUGGCGGAGAUGGUGCAGCGGUUGGAUGAGAGGAGGGUGGAGGAGGGGGAUCGGUGGUGUGCGGUUUGUAGGAAUCCGGCGGUUUGGCGGUGCUGCAGCUUGCAGGAGGAAGAUGAAGAUGAGGAUGAGGAGGAUGAGGAUGAGUUUGGGUUGGUGACGGUGACGGCGGCGGCGGCGGGGGGUGGUACUGGGUCGCGCGGGAAGGAGGGGUGCGGCCUUUUGCUGUGCGAUGACUGCAAGGAGCUGUGGGAGAUGCGCGGGCGCGAUCUCCAGCUGAUGCUCGAGGAGAAGUUGAGUACCGAGAGGGGCGUCAUGAAGUGCAGGGCUGAUGCAGGCUUCUUGCUGGAGGAGGGACUGCUGAUGAAGAACGUGGAGGCGCAGUUGCUGGGACUUUGA